AUUCGCGAUUUGUGAGCGGAAGAUCCCGAAUAUUUUUAAUUCGCGAAAUAAACGCAAAUACUCAGCCAGUCUGUUAAUCAGUUUGGCGAGAGGUCAAAAUGCUACGAGUUACGGUCCUUCUACUAAUGUUGGGAUCUGCCCAGCACACGUUCGGACAAUUUUUUGAAACUGAUUCCCUCAGAGCUGUUCUGGGGGAACUUGACGAAAGUUCAGGCGACGAUGGACAACGUGACCUUUUUGACAGAGAUGAUAUUAUAAAGGACACACCUGGAAGAUGUGGCGACAAACGAUUCGGCAAUGGCUGCGAUUAUACCAUGUUUGAUUACAAUCCGGUAGUGCCAAUGGAAGCGUGGAAAGAUGAUGUACCCGGUAAUCGAGCAAUGUGCUCAGUCUUUGGUCGAAAAAAUAUCAUUACCUUUGACAACGCCUAUGCAUACCAUGGCAGCACAUGCGAAACUUUGAUGGCAAGAUUAUGCGAUGAUGACCAAAGCCCAUCCGUUUGGUUGACACGAAGCAUAGACUGUGAUGAUUGCAUUAGUGAAGUUCGUCUAUCCUAUCUUGGACAUGAACUUGUUUUGAACGAUGAUGUUUUGUUGGACAAAAAGUCAAUUUCUAGCCGAAUGCCUCUCCGCGCCGAGGAUGUUGAAAUAUAUUAUGAAAAUGGAGAUAUCGUGGCGAAGAGUAGCGAUUACGGAACGGAACUUAGAUACAAUCGCGAUACAUCAACGGUCUACUGGUUUUCGCCUAAAAAAUAUGCAAGAGAAACAUGCGGUUUGUGCGGAAACAUGGACGGUGAAAAAAGUAAUGACGUAUCAGCAGAAGGCAUACCGGUAUUUCUUGAAAAAUCCCAUGACACGUGUCAUAAUAAAAUCAUUCCUGACGAAAUCGAUCCGGCUAUGUCUCAAUGCAUGAAGCACGAUAGUACACGCCGUAUUUGCAACAUUCUAAUCUCAGAAGUCUUUCGUACAUGUCUCACUGUUGUUGAUCCAACACCCUUCUAUGCAUUCUGCUUGCACGACAUUUGCAAAGGAGAUGUGCACAGACAAGGCGAUUUACUUUGCAACAUUACAGCUCAAUAUUCACGUCAGUGUUCAAUAAGAAAGGGUAGUCCAUCAGAGUGGAGAAGUGAAGCCAACUGCGUUGUGGAGUCGUGCCCUGACGGAUUUCAAUGGAAUGAAUGUGUCGCAUCGUCGAGAACUUGUGCUAUGCUCGGGAAUGAGGGGGAGUACGCAAUUUUGGGUUUCUGCAACAGCGGAUGCGAGUGUAUUGAAGGCACCUUUCUUCAGGAAGGAAAAUGUGUCGCCGCAGAGGAAUGCAAAUGUGAACAAAAUGGAGAAUUUUUUGAGCCGAGUGACCGAAUUGACAGUUCUUGUAACAACACAUGUACUUGCUCUGGAGGAAAGUGGAUCUGCACUGAGAAUACUUGUAAUGGAGUUGCCACAGCAAUUGGCAUGUUCCGUUACACUACGUUCGACGGUCAGCAACUCCAAUACCUGGAUGCUUGCAGCCACAUUUUCGCCAAGGAUUGUGGAAAUGGUGAUUUUGAAGUUAUUCUACAUUAUGAAGAGCGAAAUGGAUUUUAUUACAAAUAUGUGACUGUGAAUGUCCAGUUUGGUGACAAGGUUGUCAGUUACACUCUCAGACGCGACAGUACAAUCGAAGUUGAUGGCGAACUAGUUACGGCACCAUAUAAGAAAGGAAUUGUGGAAAUACAAAGCAACGUUUAUGCAAUGGUUUUAAAAAUCAUCGGAAAAGACGUAGUUGUGAAGUACGACAGAAUGUUUGGUGUGUAUGUUAUUGUACCGCCAACCUACUCGGACAAAAUGUGUGGAAUAGCUGGAAACUAUAAUGGACUGAAAGGAGACGACAAAAGAUUGAAAUCAAAAUUUAUUAGUAAAACCUUGCCAGAUUUCUUUGGCGAUUGGAAAACGGAUCGGUCUUGCUUGCAGCCAGUUGGUUCUCAUGUCUGUAGGGUGCCGCAGGAAGAAAACAUUUGCAACUUAAUGUUCGACUUUUCGAGCUGUAGCGUCACUUAUGAGGCAGUCGAGGCGUGUUCAAAUGACCUGUGCUAUUUUACUGAAUCAGUUGAAAUGAGCAGAAUGUUCGCUUGUUCUACAAGUAGAACGCUUAUUAACGUGUGUGAGCAGAGAAAGUCGAUUGGAAUUAUACCUGUGCAACCAUUCGACAUAGAAGAAUGCGAGGGAGAAUGCCCCGAGGGACUCGAAUAUCGUGAAUCUUCGACCUGCGCCGAUUCAUGCUCUUCGUUUAACAACCUUUGUGCAAGUGUAAUCCAAUUGAGCUGUUUCUGUCCAGAAGGAACUUACAGAAAUGACUUAGGAGUAUGUGUUCCAAAAGAAGAAUGUCCGUGUCUUCAUGAUGGUAGUUGGUAUAAACAAGGAGAAAUUACUACAUUUAUAAAUUUAGAAUGCUCUUGCUUUUCCGGAGAAAUGACGUGUAAUGAGAUAAACGAAACGAUUGCUUGUCCAUCACCCGACAUGGUUUAUCACUCAUGUGAGGACACAUCAGACUUUGGAGCCGCUUGCGAAAAAACAUGCCGAGAUGGAGAUCAACUAUGCGUGGCAGGAGCUUGCAUGCCCGGAUGCACUUGCAAACCCGGUUUGUAUAGAACGGAUGAGAAUACUUGUGUUCCAAAAGAGACUUGCGGUUGUUAUGCCGGUGAUAAAUACUACAAACAUGGGGAAUCGUUUAAAGAUGAUUGCAAUACUGUAACAUGCAUGGGGGGAACAUUCACGCAAACGGAUCUUAUUUGUCCAAGAUCGUGCUGGGCCGUCGGAGCCUCGCAUUACAAGUCAUUCGAUGGUUUGCGAUACGACUUCGAGGGAGAUUGUGAAUACGUUCUUGCCACUGAUUAUUGUCCCAAUAAUCCGAAUGGUGGGUUAUUCAGCGUUCACACAAAGAAUACAAGAUGCGGAUCUCAUGGGAUGACUUGUUCAAAAGCUCUUGUCGUAACAGUGAAGAACCAAAAAAUCACUGUCGAACGAGGCAGUGAGCCAGUAAUUGAAACUAUCCCUGGUACUCGAUUCCGUCGCGCAAUAACAGGAUUUACAGAUCACGAAACUGCUGGCACAUUCACUAUCAAGCAAAAGGGUAUUUUCACAGUUAUCGAUACUUGCAUCGGAAUGACUGUUUUGUGGGAUAAUAAAACACGAAUUUACAUCAGAUUGACGGAAGAAUUCCAGGGAACAACAUGCGGUAUGUGUGGUAAUUACGACGGAAAAGAUGACAAUGAUCUGAAACUUUCUACUGGCCUAAAAACUGAGAAUGUUAUAAACUUUGGAAAUAGUUGGAAGUUUCCUCUACAAACCACAACUUGUCCAGACUCUUCAAUAUCUACACAUAUCAACGCAUCAUGCACAGACAUCUCCAGGAAAGAAUGGGCAAUAAACAAAUGCCGAACAAUAACCCAAGCCAACGGUCUAUUUUCGGAUUGUCAUUCAACUGUUGAUCCACAAGAGUAUUUUGAUAUCUGUGUUCAUGAUGCAUGCGGAUGUGAUGGUGGCGGAGAUUGUGAAUGUCUUUGCAGCGCAAUUGCUCACUAUGCACAUACUUGUGCUGAUAACGGCAUUCCUAUUGAAUGGAGAAGCAAUAACUUGUGUCCAAUCAUGUGUGAACAGUACAAUGAUAAUGAAGACAUUUGUCUAUGGCACUACAGACCGUGUGCAACUUGCAUCACCGACACAUGCUGCGAUUGCCAACAGCCUGAAGACACGCACUGGUGUGUUGAGGGGUGCUUCCCUAAAUGUCCUGAUGGUUAUAUUCUUGACGAAAUGACGCAGAGGUGCAUCUUGGAGACUGAGAGAGACUCUCAAUGCACUUGGUAUACAACAGAGAACAUGUGUCAUACUUGCAAAAAAUGUGAAGUUUGCAAAACCAAAUCUGGAGCCCAACUUCGAGUUACACCUGGGCAAACCAUUUACUUCCCCGUUGCUACCGAUGCUUGCGAACGUGAAUGGUGUGCCAUGGACACGACAGGAGACCUCUGUUAUAAUGGAACAAUCAAUUGGUAUGAUUGCAAAGAAGAAUAUAAACCAAUUCCAUCCUGUGAUCCAACGUACUACACACAAAUAUGCUCAAAUUCGACUACAUCUAAAUGCAGCAACUGCAGGGAUUGCGAAUGCGAAUGUAAGCUGAGGAAUGACAGUUGUGAAGCUGGCAAGACAUCCAAUAGUUCAUCGUGGAAGAAAGUAUUCCCGGUAAUUCCAACACCAGAAAAAGGCGCAAAGACAUAUUGCAUUAAAUACACAUGUGAAAACCAUCCAGUAGCAACAGAACCACAAUGUUUUAUACAGAGAGAAGAAAGGGUAACCUGUGAACAGAGUAUCACUGAUGUCAUCUGUAAAGAACAUGAGGUGUUGAAGGUUUAUCCCACUGGCGAUGAAUGCUGCCCAGAAAAAUACGAAUGUGUUUGCGAAGUUUGCGCAUUGGACAAUAAUGGUGUAGUUGAAUACAUUAAAGCAUAUGAGCCUGGAGUAACCAAUGAAUGGUGUGAAGAUGAGAGCACUUCUAAUUGUUGCUAUACUGACACUUGCACUGUCGAUGCAGAAAGAGAAGACAAGACAAUUUGCCCAAUAGUGACCAGAACACAAGCACCAUGUACAACCGGUCCAGCACCUACGUGUACUCCAGGGUUUGUCUGGAGGAAUUUAACGAGAGCUGAUGAUUGUUGUCCAUGGGGAGAAUGCGAAUGUGAUUCUUGUUAUGACUAUGAUGCAAGCAACAACAGGAAUCUCAAACUGAUAGGAGAUCAAUGGAACAAGAAGUGCAUGAAGUUCCGAUGUGUGAGAGGUGUUCGAGAUGCUACUGGAUGUUUCAGAAGCAUAAAUUAUGAAAAUGUGACUUGUGCUAAAAAGCCAAUUUGCAAAUCAGAUGAAUAUGUAAAAAUCGUCGGAAUUGAUGAAUGGGAAUGCUGCGAUAUUUAUGACUGUGUAUGUUAUGAUCAGUGCCGUGUGACAAUUGGAGGAACAGAGAGAAUCAUUGAUCCUGGUCAGGAGAUAAGGAUGGACGAUGGGUGUUGGUAUACGUGCGUUGAUCCACGAACUUCCGAAGAGGACAAGAACUGUCCAAGAGUUGAAAAAACAUGUCACGCACCAACUGAAUGUGAAGAGUGUGAAUACAUUGCAAAAACAGUAAAUGAUACAUGUGGCUGCAAGCAAUAUGACUGUCAGCCUGUUGAACGUUGUCCGUCUAUUGACUGUCCAUUCCCAUAUGUUCGUGUAAUUGAUCCAUCCGGGGACAAGUGUAAAGAACCAUGCUAUGAUUGUGAAUGCAAGGAAUGUUGGGACCAAAUUCAAAACAGGACAUACCAGAUUGGUAAAGAAUGGAAGCGUCAAGUUGCUGCUAAAACAAAGGCCCUCACUUCCUCAACAUGUGAAGACUGUGUUUGUACCGAUGCCAUGGAUGAUGAUGGAUGUAUGAAAGAGCAUUGCACUCCAACUCCUUGUCCGCCUGUUGAAGAAUGUGAAAGCCCAUAUGAUGUUCCUAUUCAUUCAGAAAAUGAAUGUGGUUGCACUAUACUUCUCGGAUGCAAAUGCCCACAUUGUAUGUAUGAUGGGAAAAUUAUUGAUGGAAAAGAACCUGGUGACACCUGGAACAUUGGCAACCUUGCACUUGGAUGCUAUGACUCAUAUCAAUGCCUGGCAUACAGGAACCCAGGAAUGUCAAAAGAAUGCUUCAAUAUCACUAAAGUGAGGAACCCAUGUGUUGUUAAUGACGAAUGUCCAGAUGAUCAUGUUGCAGUUAAAAGUGAAGUGCGAAGUUGUGAUUAUGAUGAUGGGGAACAUUGCCCAAAAUACGACUGUACUUGUGUAAAAUGUCGCUUUGGUGGAAAAUCUUACAAUCCUGGUGAUACUUGGACAAAGGAUUGCAUCAACUAUCAUUGCACAAAUGAAACUGAUAGUGCAGACCCAGCAAAAUGCAAGAAAAUAACUAGUGAAGUUGUAGAUUGUCCUGCUACGAAUAUUACUUGCACAGAAUGUCAUGUACAAUAUCUCAAACAAAAGAGAGAAGUACCUGAUCACUGUUGUGAUAUCUGGGAUUGCAAACCUGAACCGUACUGCUAUGAUGAGGGUGGUGUAAAACAUCUUAAUGGUUCGAUCUGGGAACCUGAUGAAUGUAGAAGAGUUCAGUGUUUUGUAUCUGAGGAAGAUUAUCCCGAAAAGUGUCCAGAAAUAAUUGAUAUUGAUCAUUGUGAUCCUGAUCCAACAGUCUGUAACGAAUGUCAAAACAAAACUGUGAAAAAGGAUAAAUGUGGUUGUGACUACACUGAAUGUCCUCCGAAUGAUCCUCCCGUUUCAUGUGACAAACCUGCAUCAAAUCAAAUCAUCGAUUUUUUCAACACAGCCAAUAUCUGUUACCCAAGCAAGAAUUGUUGCGUUUGUGAUGAUGCCUGCUACCACAAUGGUGUAAGAAAGAGUCUUUUCACAGUUUGGAAAAAUAAGGCCACUUGCCAGAGGCUGAGAUGUGUCCUUCCUGAAGCAACACUCACUGCUCUUAAAUUUGAUCCUAAAAGAAUUGACUUUGACGAUUUGGAAGAUGUCACAACAUGGAGUCAAAUUAUAAGCAAACUAAACUACAGAAAGAUGAUGAGUAACUCUAUCAUUCCAAAAUCUCUAUAUAGUGAAUGUUCACAAGAUGUUUCCCUUUGUCCGAUUACUUAUGACUUAGGUUGUGAAAAACCAAAAGAUUGUGGCGAAUGUGAGACAACUACAGAAACUGUUGAUGAAUGUGGCUGUCCUAUUGUAACUUGCACUCCGUAUGUUUGUCCUCCGGCACCAUAUGAUGUCAAGUUAUGCACUGAGCCUAAAGUUGUUAUGAAGAACAUUUCACUUGAAGGAUUGACGGAGUUGUACCCAUGCUGUAAGCAAGGACGGCAAUGUGUAUGUAGAGAUGGGUGUGAGGAUAAAAAUGGUACAAUACAUCCAGUUGGUGAAUCUUGGGAUGAAAUUGGAACUAAUGAAUGUGGCAAGACUUUGACUAAAAAAACAUGUCGAGCUCCAGCCGAAUUCCCAGAUCCUAAACCAGAAUGUCCAGAAGCUGUCAAGGUUCCAUGUGAUGAACCAAUAACAUGUGGCAACUGUGAAAAUCGAACCAGUUACAUUGAUGAAUAUUGUUGUGAAAUUGCAUCUUGCAAACCAUUGAAUGAACCAACUCAAUGUAUUGAACCCAAACUAAAUCAACGACAUUCAACGCUGGAAACAGGUGAUGAAUGCUUCCCAAGUAAAGAAUGCUGUGUGUGUGACACAACCUGUACAUACAAAGGUGCUACAUACCAGCUAUUUGAAGUGUGGAAGGACACUGAAGCAUGUACAAGAAUGCGAUGCAUUCUUCCUGAAACAACAAUUCGUCAUCUUGGUUACACAGGAAAGAUUGAUUUUGAAAAUUUGGCUGAUACUAUGAUGGAAGCUACAUUUUCUAACCUAAAAACCAAGGUUGACUACAGGAAAAUGUUGGAUGAGAAAAAAAUACCGCAUAAACUGUAUGAAGAAUGCCAACAAAAUGUUUCACUUUGUCCCACAAGUUUUGAUAUCGGAUGCGAACCAGUUGAAAAAUGUCUUGAAUGUUUCAAUACCACUAUUACAAAGGAUUCAUGUGGAUGCGAUGUUUCCACGUGCACCUUGAUUGAACGUUGCCCCAAUAUCAAAUGCGAUUUCCCAUACCGACCAACUGAAAUCAAAGAUGCUGAUCCAUGCAAAGCCCCAUGUUAUGAAUGUACAUGUGAUCAUACAUGUGUCGAUGAUGUCACCAACUCAACAUAUGAUCCUGGUACUUCAUGGGAAAGGACAAUUAUGGACCCGAGAUCAUGCGAAAGCUGUAUUUGUACUGAUGACAAGGAUGAGAAAGAUGGAUGCUUGAAAGAGAAAUGUAUGCCAAUACCAUGCCCAGUGGUAGAAAAGUGUGAAGCACCUUACAACAAAGCUGUUUACGGAAAAGAUGAUUGUGGAUGUAAAAAACUGAUUUCAUGUGAAUGCACACAAUGUAUGCUCGAUGGCGAAAUUGUAGCGAACAAAUCUGCUGGUGAAUCAUGGACAAAAGGAGACGUUGACCGUGGAUGUUAUGAUACAUAUUACUGUAAUCCUAUCAAGAAAUCUGGAGAACAACUAGAAUGUUACGAAGUGAAAAAGACAAGAAAGGAAUGCACGGUUGAUUCUGAAUGUCCCGAAGAUUAUGUUCCUAUCAAGAAUGAAGACAGAAGUUGCUGCUAUGAUGGAACAUGCUGCCCAAGAUAUGAUUGCAUGUGUGUUAAAUGUCGCUUCAAUGGAAAAUCAUAUAAUCCUGGUGAGAAAUGGACAAAAGAUUGCAUCGACUACACCUGUACUAAUGUAACUGAUGAAGCUGACCCAGCCAAAUGUAAGAAAGUUGAAAGUCAAGAAUCUCCAUGCAAUGAAACCAAAGAAGUUUGCAAAGAUUGUUUUGUUGAAUAUUUAGCUGUAAAGCGGGAUGUAGCAAACGGUGAAUGUUGUAAUAUCUGGGGAUGCAAAGCAGAGAAAGUCUGCAUCAAAGAUGGAGCUAGAGUACCGAACGGUACAAUCUGGGUGCCAAAGAAAUGCGUGAAACUGGAAUGUUAUGUGUCGGAAGAAGAUUGGAACAAGGAGAUCUGUCCAAUUCCAAGAACUAUUGAUCAUUGUGAAAAUGAUUUGACAAUAGAAUGCCCACCCUGUACUACAAAGAAAAUCAUUAAAGAUGAAUGCGACUGUGAUAAAGUAUCUUGUCCUCCGAUUGAGGAACCAACUCAUUGCUCAGUGGCAACCAAACGGCAAAUAAUUACAACACUUGAAACAAAGGAUACAUGUUUCCCAUCAAAGAACUGUUGCAUGUGUGAUUCUACUUGCUACUUCAAAGGAGUUAAGAAAGAUCUUUUCUCUGUGUGGAUUGAUGAAUCAACAUGUCAACGAAUGAGAUGUGUCGCUCCAGAGUCAUUACUUACCAAGUUAGGUUAUGAUCUUUCGGUGAUUGAUUUCAAAGAUACCGAAAAUGUUGCUUUCUGGAGUGAACUUCGAUCCAAGAUUGAUUUCAGACGAAUGAUGACUGAAUCAAAUAUUGCAACAAAAUUAUAUGAAGAAUGUUCACAAGACAUGGAUCUUUGUCCUGUAGCACGAGAUAUUGGAUGUCCAGAACCCCAAUCUUGUCCCAACUGCACGAAUACUAUUAAAUCGGAAGAUGCAUGUGGCUGCACUGUUCAUACAUGUUCUCCAUUCAAGUGUCCACCAUCUCCAUAUGAUGUCAAAGAGUGUUCAGAACCAAAAUCUAACUUGGUGGAAAUAUCUCUUAACGGCUUGUCUGAUAAAUAUCCUUGCUGCAGUGUUGGGCGAGAAUGUACAUGUCACAAAACUUGCUUCGAUUAUCAAAACCAAACUCGUGAAAUUGGGGAGACCUGGGAUGAACCAUUAGAAUAUGCAUGCACCUCGGAUCCAUCUGUCGCAGGUUCCAUCGUCAGAAAAGUAUGCAGAGCUGCCAAACCUGAGUCAACAGAAUUAAGUGAGAUCUGCCCACACACUCAUAUUGUACCAUGUGAUGAACCAAUUAAAUGUGGACCAUGUGAAGAAGAAAUCAAAACUCUGGAUGAUAGAUGUUGUGCUGUCAUUACAUGUAAAAAGAUUGAAUGCGACAUCAACACUCUCGAUGAUUGUGAAUUACCUAAGAUUGCAUUGAAAUCUGAUGCAACUGUUACUGGUGAUGAAUGUUGUCCAAAAUACUGCGACUGCCCAGAUAAAUGCUUGGAAUCAGAAACUGCUAAGAAAUAUGAUCGAAAUCUAGAAUGGCCCCAUCCUCUUGAUGCAUGUUACACAAGGAAAUGUCUAGUUGAUCCAUCCAAGAAUUUGGGAUGUCCAUACAUUAUCAACAAUACUAUCUGCACUGAACCGAAAGAAUGUGAUGCAUGCUAUACUGCAUUAGAUACAACUAAUGAUUGUGGAUGUACUGAACGUGUGUGUGAACGAAAUCCAUGUCCAACAAUUUCAUGUGAGAAUGAAUGUGAAGAAGUAUAUCAGACUGAAGAAGUGGACAGCUGUAAUUACCCAGUCUUUGCUUGCAGACCAAAAUCAUGUCCACCAAAGAUUACCAAGUGCACAAAUCCUGAAGAAGAUGUAUACAGCUGGAUGGAUCUAUCCAUUAACAAAUGUUGCAAACAACAAGGCUGCAGAUGUAACUACACAAAAUGUGUCGAACCGUCUUGUCCAUCUGGACAAGUUCCAGUAAGAAAUGUGUCUGCAACGAAAUGUUGUUGCCCAGAAUAUAUGUGUGUUCCCGAUGAUGAUCAAACAUGUGUAGACUAUAAUGGAAUGAGAAGAAAGGUCGGUGUCCCGUGGAUCAACAAAGAUAACAAGUGCAAGAUGUUACAAUGUUCAUACUCCAACACCAAAACAAGAAAUUCAUACAAGAUUGAAGAAUUUGAUCGAUUUAUUUGCUCAUCAGAAAAACCAAGUUGUGUAAAUGGAGGGACGGCAUAUCUCGCUUCUACCAAGGAAGGAUGUUGUCGUGAAUGGGUUUGUCCCUGCACAUGUGAAGCUUACGGUGACCCACAUUUCACAACUUUCGAUGGAUUCUCAUACAAUUACCAGGGAAAAUGCACAUAUACCCUUAUGAAAGAAUAUGCCUUCAAUGAAACAGAAGUUAUUAUUGACAACGAAUUAUGCCGAUGGUUUAGUGCAAGAAGAAAAUCACUAUCCUGUCUUAAAACAUUAACUGUAAUUCACAAAACCAAGAACUACACAUUGACAUUUGGACAGAAGUUCUUGUUCAAUGGAAAAGAAAUCAAAGUACGCGAGCCAUGGACUUCUGAUAAUGGGGAAGUAACUGUUCGUGAAUUUGGAUACAAAAAGUUCAUGUUGACUGUUCAUUCGCUCAAUCUACAAAUUAUAUACAAAACAAGAACAUGGGAGCAAUCACUUAUUCUUACAGUUCCAUUUGAAUCCCUUGAAGGAAAAAUGUUGGGAUUAUGUGGUACAUGCAACAAUGAUCCGAGCGAUGAGUUUAAAAACAAGUUAUCUCAACUCAUUCAUGUGAAGGAUGAAGAAGAUCAAGAGGCUAUUGACAAAUUUGGAGAAAGUUGGAUUAAGGGCAUCCCUGACUAUGAUCAACCAAAAUGCUUCCCCUUGGAACCAGAAUGUCCAGAAGAAUCUGAGUUCCCAGAUUGUGGAGAACUUCCACCAGAUGUCUGCAUCAACUGUGAUAACAAAUGUCAUCUCAUCCAUCCAAAAUGCAAUCCAUGUGAAACUAAUCCUUGUCAGGUUUUAGCAACAAAAGAAGUGUACAGGGAAGCACGAAGUCACAUCGACCCUCGAGUAUACAUUGCCAAAUGUGCUUUUGAUUUGUCACUAGAAAGCAACAUGACAAAGAAAUGCAACGCCUGCUUUUCCUCCUCUGUUGCACAAUAUGCAUCAAUUAAUGAAAUGCAUGGCCUCUGUAUCCCGUGGAGAUCAGCUCUUAAUUGUGACGAUAUGAUGUGUCCUCAUCCAAGUCAGGAAUACAGAGAAUGUGAUUUGGAUGCUAAGCGUGAUUUGUCUUGUGAUACACCUGUUCUGAAUGUCACUGGAUCACUUAAUGUUGCAGGAUGUUUCUGUCCAGAAGGAAUGAUAAGAAAAACUGCAUCAUCUGAAGAAUGUGUUCCAAUCAAAUGUUGUAGUGGAUGUGCCGAACCACCAAAGUAUGAAGAUGGAACUGUGUCAAUGCCAGGAGAAGAUUUGGAUGAAUGUGGAUGUCCAGUAUAUGUGUGUGCAGCUGGUGGUGAAACCUCUGGUUGCCAAGUGAAAACAGAGAGGCAACCUCUUGAAGUAAAUAUUGAUGGAGUAAGCUGUGCGUCUGCUGAAGCGGUGGAAAGCGCUUACUGUGUUGGAAAUUGUGCUGUAUCCACUCGCUCAACAAACGGAGGAAUGGACAGUGAAUGCUCUACAUGCAAUCCAAUAUCAACUGAUACAAAGUCGGUCACAGUUCUCUGCAGUAAUGGUGAAAUGAAAAUUCAUCAACACAAAGUCAUUACUGCUUGUGAAUGCGCUUCUUUCCAAUGCCCUGAAACAGAAUUCGGUGUAUCAGGUGAUGACCGUAUUCUCGGCUCUGGCGGAAAUCGCAUGAUUGGUUCGGGUGAUAUGUAAAUGAAAUCCAUAUGGCCAAUACUCCUACAUAACGACCACGAAUAUGUCCUUUUUAUUAUUUUUGAAUCAAUUCGGCCUAGCUAAAGCAGGAUUCUUUGAUUUACUUUGUGUAGAGAAGUGUAUAUAUAUCAUGAUAGCCGCUGCCAUCAAAAAUUUCAAUCAUAGAAUGUACACCAUUUCAUGUCAAAUUUGAAAGUCGGGACAUGUGCAAUAAAUCCCAGCUGUGGGAUGCCUUCAAUAGAUUACCAUCCCUAAAUCAUACACCUGAUGCCGAUAAUCGAAUACAAUUAUAUGUAAUAAGUUAUUGACACCAUAAUAAAAAAAAAACGAUCGCUGUUGUCAUUUGAGGGAUUGGUCUUUCUAAUAAAAUAUUGUGUGAGCAACAUGUAGAGGCUGUUGUAGAAUUUUUCUUAGAAUACUUUAUUUUGAUUGAACCUGCUUUAGAUCUCCAAAAUACACAAUGCAAAUAAAAUAA